AUGUCAUUCUCCUUCAACCCGCUCGCUCCGGGCCUACACCCGAUGCAUCCACUACUGUCAGGUGGUGGCGGUUUUCUGACGGCGCAGCUGGGAGCACCCACGACCGCCGCAAAUGCAGCCCUGCUGGCCGGAUUAAAUAAUAAACCGCUCGAGUUCAAAGUGAAAUCGAUGCAAAAUGGAUCCGGAUCCGCUCCGAUGGAGCUCGAGACGGUGGCCGAACACGAAUCGAUCAAAGAAACCGGCAACUCGCUUGCUGCGAUGGAAAAAGCGCGAGAGGAGAGCAUCAACAAGAAGAUGCUGGAAGAGCUGCACAAGCACCAGAACCAGCUGCAGCAUGCGAAUAGCGGAGAGCUGGUGUUCAACCAGCUACUUCAGCCUCAGUCCCACCACGGGUUCAUGAUGAUGCCGGGUGUGAUGAACAUGGUGGACGGGUCGUCCCUUAUCAGCAUGCAGCCGUUUCCAAUGAUGGCUCCGACUGCGUCCGAGUUGUCGGGGGCUUUGAACGGGAGCGCUGUCCCAGCAGGAAACGUCCCAGGGCCAAGUGCUACGGUUGCUGGCGGCGCAACGAGUCUCGAAAAACCUGCGGCGGCAAAAGAAGUGAUCUACUGCAAAAGCUGCACACUGUUUCCGCCCAACCCGAACGCUCCUGCACCGAAGACAAUCGAUCGGCCACCUGGCUGCAGAACGGUGUUCGUAGGAGGACUGCCAUCGGGCAUGACCGAAGAGGUGAUGCGUGAAAUCUUUGAACGAUGCGGCGAAAUCACCACGCUCCGGUUGUCGAAGAAAAACUUUUGCCACAUACGCUACGUCUACGAGGCGUCGGUCGAUUCCGCGAUCUACCUGUCCGGGUAUCGGGUGAAGAUUGGCAGCAAUUUUAACUACGGUACGACCGAGCCGAAAGAACCACCAAUUUUUGGCGUGUUGCACGUGGAUUACGCACAAGCCCGCGACGAUCAGUACGAGUACGAGUGCAAGCAGCGGAAGCUGCAGCGUGAAAAGCGCCACCGGGAACGGCUGGAGGAGGAUCGGUUUCGGUCGCUCUCGCCCCAACCCGUGGUGCACUAUACGGAGCAUGAGGCCACAUCGGUAGCAGAACGGUUGAAAAAUGAUGAAACGUUCGCCAAAGCCGUCCAGACGCUGGUGACCUGGCUCGAGCGAGGCGAUUGCAGCAAGAAGAACUCGAACAACUUCUACUCAAUGAUUCAGAGCACAAACUCUCACGUUCGUCGGUUGCUGAAUGAAAAGAGCGUUUGCGACGAAGAACUUAAGCGGGCCCGUGAGCAAUACCGGAAGCAGACGAAGGGCAUGCUGGCACAGUUCAGUCAGAUUGAAAAAGUUUUCAAUGCGGCCAGUCACAAGAAGGUUUGGGAUCAUUUUACUAAAGCCCAAAGAAAAAACAUCGAUGCGUGGAAGAAGCAGUCACUGGACAUAAAGUGCGUUCAACUGGAUGAUUUUCCCGACGAGGAUGGAAUGGACAUGUCGGAUGAUGAUCAGUCGAUCUCAUCGCUCCCAUACAAAAAGUCCCGUUGGGAGCAGGAUCACAAGGAUCAUGCUGCUGAUUCCGAACGCGGUCUAGCGGAUGCAGCAACGGAAUCUUCCACUGUGCAAGAAGGCGAGCUGAAAAUGAAGAUUCUUCAUAUCGAGGUAUUGCAAGAGACAAUUCGAAACCUUCAAACACAGCUGCUAGAAAACAAAGCCAAGGAAACGAAACGCCAAGGCCGAAUCUGCGAGCUGGAGGACGAGCUGAAAGAUGCAAACGUAAAGCAGCUUCUGCUGAAAACGAAAAUAGCUACUACGAAGGCGGCCGCGUCCAGCGUCGCGAGCAUUUCCUCCUCCAGUAAGGGUGGUGAUUCGGAGAGCGAAGAAAGCCAAGUAAAUGCACCGGAAGCAAGUGCAACUCUCGCUUCCCAAACUGUGCCGACAGCGACGAAAGCAACGGCUACGAUCGAAACAAGCUUAGAUGUGCAUGCUACGAAUGCAGCGCCGGAUGUUCGACAAGCUAAAAUUCUUGCCUUUGCGUCAACCUUUCUUAUGAUUCACCCGCUCGGAGCGUCGCUCGAUCAGAUAUGGUCGUACGUCGGUAGGUACGUGAGCGAAAUGAAACCAAAGGAACUGGAAGAUACGUUCGUCCGUUAUCGACAACUGUUUGAUCGCGUCAGCGGUACGAAUGGUGAUAAGGAGGAAAACGAGGAAGCGAGUGGAAUCAAUUCUAGUCCGUGCUAUAGAUUCAUUGGUCAUGAAUCAAACGCGACAAGUCGCUGA